AAAAAAGGGCAGAAAGCACAGCAAUACGAAGAGGAAAGGCACUUUUGGGAAGUGUUUUUGUUGCCAUUCCACCCACAGGGAACACAGCAGCAUCUGCGUGGAAAAAAUCGAUAAAUUUAUUUGUAAAUACAGUGCAACGACGGCUAGUGGUGCGUGUGUUUAGUGAAUCAUUCCACUGCAGUUUGCAGUUCGGAAUCACGGGAAUCGAGUCAAGCCUGUUGGCCUGCUACUACGUCGGACGAUGGGUUGCGCGAGGAAUGUGUGAUUGCUACUGGAAAGUCGUAAAAUUUAUAAUCCAUCGAUAUACGGUGGAAUUUCAUGCAGCCAGGCAGUUGUGUGUUCGGUGUACGAAAACCCCCGUGUUGAGUGUGUGAUAAAAUGUGGCCUUGGUCCGCAGCACCACCCACAAGUUUGAUAGAAUUUGUGAAAUCGUCGUAAGCGGGCGUUACUGCUCAAGGAAAGGAAAGAAAGAAAAAAACAACAAAACGAUAGUGCAUAUAGUAAGUGCGCCGUAGCGCUUGCAUGUGAAGGUGCAAUGAAAUUUGUGGUUCGUGAUUGAUCCGUUUGUUGCAAUAUCGGCGAAGAAACAGGCGACCUUCGUUGCAUAAGGCAAAAGGAAAAGGUUACCUACCGCCUACUGCGAUAAAACACCCAGCCAGAUCGUCGCGGAAAGUUUAUGCUAACGUAUACAACGGAGGAAGCAUUCUUUUUGCGCACCUUGUUUGCGAAGGUUGUUGGCUUUCACCGGAGAACUCACAGACGGGCAAAAGCGGACAGCGAUCCGAGAUGAGCUGAUAAAGGCCUGCUGUGUUUGUUUAUGAUAAUAGUAUAUUUUAUUUGUGUUAUCAUACCUCAACAUAUCAUCGGCGGUGGAGAAGAUAUUUUGCAAUCGACAGUAACGAACGGAGCAAUCCUGGUAGCUAACGGUAACAGCGGCGCCCAACAUCGGUGUUAUGGCAACCAUUACGAUGGCAGCAUCACCAACGUCCAACAGCAGUGCCUCGACCACGUCCAUGUCGCUGUUGCAGCGCCAAUCGAGCAAGAACGCUGACACCGUAUCGGUAUGUUCGACCACCAGUGCCUUCUCGACGUGCCCCGACCGGCACGGCUUCUACGGUGGCAAUCAGUUCUCGGAGAAGCCGAAAAAGGAGUCGCUGACGCGCGAGCAGAUCAUUGCACGGGAAAAGAAAUGGAUCCACAUGACGUCGCACUGGUCGGAGUACAUGAACACGAACUACAAAAAGGUUAGAGAACGCUGCAGAAAAGGUAUUCCUGACGCGUUACGGCAGAAAGCAUGGUUCCUGCUGACCGGUGCCAACCAUCUGAUGGGCAAGUUUCCCGACUGGUACCAGCAUCUGCUCGAGGAACCGGGCAAUCCGCAGAUCAUUGACGAGAUCCGCAAGGACCAGCACCGGCAGUUUCCGCACCACGAAAUGUUCAUCGACGACGACAAACCGGGCCAGAAGGAGCUGUUUAACGUGCUGAAAGCGUACUCGGUGUACAAUCCGACGGUCGGCUACUGUCAGGCGCAGGCACCGAUCGCUGCCUUCCUGCUGAUGCAGCUACCGUCCGAACAGGCGUUCUGGUGCUUCGUCGCUAUAUGUGACAAAUAUCUGGAAAACUACUUCACGCCCGGGCUCGAGAUGUUGCAGCGCGAUGCCGGUAUGCUGAACCGGCUGCUAAAGAAAACGUCACCGGCUGCCUACCGCCACCUGCAGAAGCACAACGUCGAUCCGCUGCUCUACAUGACCGACUGGUUCCUGUGCGCCAUGACGCGCACCCUGCCCUGGGACACGCUGCUGCGCGUCUGGGACUGCUUCCUCUGCGAGGGGGUGCGGAUAUUCUUUAAGGUAGCGCUGGUCAUCAUCGGUGCCACGCUCGGCCCGCAGAAGGUACGCGCGCAGUGCAACGGGUUGUGCGAAACGUUGGCCGUGCUUCGCUCGCCGCCGAAAAAGUUUCUCGAGGAAGAUUUCAUCAUGCACCACAUCUUUCGGUUAAACAUUACGAUCGAAGACUUUCACCGGGAGCACAAAAAGCAGGAGAUGCUGCACCGCAAGGCAAAGCUAGAACAGCAGAAGGCCGCCCAGCAGCAGCAGCAGCAGAAUGGUGGUGGGUCUUCCAACGGUCCCGGAAGGAGCACGUAGCCUGCGCGUCGGGUGCGCUGCCGGCAUCGAGGUAAGGAGCAGCUAGUCGAUCGGUAGGGGGAUUUGCGGGAGUUUGACCCACAAUCACGAAGCAUAAUUAUACCACCAAACCGAUUGGUUUGGUCGGUUUCUCGGCAAUUAAGGGCGCUAUUCGUCACUAUUCUAUUCUUCCAUUAAACGCGUAGAAAAAUGGAAAAUGUUUACUACUAGUAAGAUGUAGCAUAAUUGCGAUAAAACGCAGCACCAACAUUUAAUGAACAAAUUCGGUACGUCCACACCGAGGCGCCGAGGCUCACAAUCUAGGGAGAGAGUGAGUCUGGGAACAGAAAUUCUUUCAAACGAUGUAAGCAAAGUAGAGCCGAAGGAGCCGCGCGGUAGAAAACGAAACCAACCCCAGCCAACACUCGUUGCAACGCAGAUUUAUAGUACAAUUUUAUAUAGAUCUAUUUAAAGAUGAAACACAUUACAAAAUCGUCGUAUUCGUAUUCACCGCAGUCCAGAUAGUCGUUAGUCGUCGUUAGUGUUAGGGUACCACGGGACGGUACGAUUGCGGAAGGAGUAGGGCAAAGAUGGGCAAAAGGGAAGUGUUCUGUUCACUUUCUCUUCAUUCCAUUGUAAGAGUAUAUUCGAUGUUUGAGCGCAAUUUACCUACGAAGGUAUAGCAACGUUUCCUAGCCGAAUCAUAAGUAUGUUAACGAGUCCGCGUAGAACACAUACAGCAACGUUAUUUGAAUUCGUUACUAUAUCAUUGCAACACAUGCUCUCACCAUUUAGCACACACACACAGCGCACAAAGAAUGUCACACUUUUCUACCGAUUUCGCACUAAAAUGGAUGGAAGUUUGGAAAGGGCGAAAAGUCAAGCAAACAAUUUCAAUCAUGGUGCCUUGCUUUCCUUCCCGUGCGUAUCUACUUGAGCGUGUUGAUUGAUCGCUCCGGGAAGCGUACGCGAGCGUUUCACACCGUAAAAUUCGAAUUAAAAAUUUGAUUUACAAUUCGUGCAAUUCGUUCACUGUUUUUCGCCGUUUGUUUGGCAUAUUAUGCUACUGAAGCGGAGCAUUAGUAUAACAUUUGCUGCACACCUGCAAUUAUUAGUAUCUUCCCAUGGUUAUUUAUUCGCACGCAAUCAGAAUAACAUUAGCAAGGCAGCUGUGCAGCUAUACACAUUGCCACCGUGCUGGAGAUUUAACCGGUCGCCGGUGGUGUUGUAAUAAAUUUGUAUUUACUCUGUACUCUGAAA